AUUUGCAGCAUCCAAAGUUACUCUGACACACUUUUCAAUAUACAUACACAUUAUUGUCUCUAUCGCCGCUCUCUCGAUUUACACGGAAUGGCAAAAGUGCGGUAGCGUGCGUCCACUUGUAAAUGCAGGUCUGUUGGUGGGGAAAGCCUGCAUUUAUUUUGCGGCGAGAUCUGAAACACUAGUGUGGGAAGGUAUGAAGUCGAGCACUCGCCUCAGCUCGGCUGUAUUUCAGCUCACUCCAACUCGGACUAGGUGUGAUUUGAUUAUCAUAGCAAAUGACGGGAAAGAGAAAAUUGCUUCUGGAUUGCUAAAUCCAUUUCUUGCACACCUAAAGACUGCCCAAGAUCAAAUUGAUAAAGGUGGUUAUUCAAUUUUGCUUGAACCAGAAACCGGAAGUGAUGCAUCAUGGUUUACAAAGGCCACUCUGAAAAGGUUUGUUCGUUUUGUGAGCACCCCUGAGAUCUUAGAACGUGUCUAUACAAUAGAAACUGAGAUUGUACAUAUUGGGGAGGCAAUUGCAUUGCAGAGCUGCAAUGAUAUCGGGCAAAGCAACGUGGAAAGCCAACGAGGGAAAUCCCUGGGAGGCUAUGAAGGUGGCAAAUCUGUGGCAAAUGCUAAUGACGAGAAAGCUAUUGUCCUGUACACGCCUGGAGCGCUGCCACCUGUAGCUAAUGGGUCAUGCUCACAGGAGGAGAAUCCAAAAGUUCAGCUUCUGAAAGUCCUUGAGACCCGUAAAACAGCUCUUCAGAAAGAACAAGGAAUGGCCUUUGCACGUGCUGUAGCAGCAGGUUUUGAUAUUGAUCAUGUGGCACCUCUUGUUUUCUUUGCUGGGUGUUUUGGAGCUUUACGUUUAAUGGAGGCAUGCUCAAGGUUCAUAGAUCUCUGGAAGUGUAAGCAUGAAACCGGACAGUGGCUUGAUAUUGAAGCAUCAGAAGCAUUGUCCCCUCAACCUAACUUCUCCUCAGUUAAAGCAUCUGGCAUUGUUCUCUCUAGCCCAUGCAAUAACCAAGAUGACUCUAACCAUGAGCUGGCCUCUGAGCAUAUCGGGAAAUCAGGGUCACAUAAUGCUGCAGAUAACUCGACUUCUAAUGGUCAUCAAGAACACUUUCAAGGACAAGUUCCUCAUCUCGUUUAUCCUCCAUGGCCUAUGCAUGCUUCGCCUGGUGGUCAACCAGUAUUUCAAGCAUACCCUGUACAAGGAAUGCCUUACUAUCACCCGUAUGCUGGUAAUGGCCCUUUUGUGCAGCCACAUCACUACUCUCAUGAACACUCCCCAUCAAAUUUAGGUUCUCAUUUAGGACAGAACAGACAACGCUCUGAUGUUAGGGAUAGUAAUAAUGAGUCAGAGAUGAAGGAGACUGGUAGAACAAGUUCUUUGGAUGACACUGAAUCUGAUGAGGAAACUUCACAGAGUAGGAGGUCACGAAAAAUAUCAGGCGGCUCUAGCAAAAAGAAAUCUGGCAGGGUUGUAAUAAGAAAUAUUAACUUCAUCAAUUCUAAAGGGAAAAAAUCUGGCAGUGACACAAAUUCAGAGUCACAUUCGGACAUGGAUGCAGAAAGUGAAAAUGUGGAUGAAGAUGUGAUUAAUAGAUCUUCCAAAAGAGGAGGAAGCCAGCUGAGAUCUGUUGAUAGGUUGAAUUUAAACCAUGAUGAUGUCUCUGUUAUGGACAAAAAUACUGAUGAUAGGCACUGGCAGGCAUUUCAAGAUUGUUUACUGCGAGGCAAAGAUGAAGAUGCUGAUGCUGACAAUAAGGGUAUGUUUGGGAUGGAAAAGGGUGUGAAGUUGAAGAGACAUGCAAAUGCUGCCAGUGAUGACCCAUUGGCUCUGGGUGUACACGAUGGGGGUGAAAUGCUAGAUAAUAGGAUGAAAGACAUCCACGGAAUCAAUGGAAGUGCUUCUCGUAGGCUCAGGGGAUGUGGUAGCGAAGUUCAAUUUGCAAGUACUGAUAGUGACUUUAGGGAAAGCAGUGGUCGAAGAGAUAUCCAGUGUUCUGAAAGCAAUGGAAAAAAGAUUCUAUAUAGUACAACACAUGAAGAUUAUAUGAUUGGCAAUAAUAAAUUGAGCCAGACUAAUAUCAGGAAUUCAUCAGAUCCACUAGCUCUCAAUAGGUAUGAGAAUACUAAUAAGAAUGAUAGAGAAUCAUCACCUGGAAUGGCUGAUGAAACCUUGGUUGGACCACUUAGGUCAAUGUCAUUAGAUCAAGAUGGAGGAACAGAUAGAAAUGUUAUUGACAUGGAUUCUGAGAUCCCAUCAAAAUAUCAAAAGUCUGGCCCCGCGGGAAACAAAAUCAAAGUAGAGUAUGAGCCUAAUGAUUUGAGCAUGAUACCUGAAAGGGGAAUUGAUAAGAGGUCUACUGUAUAUGACCCUGCUCUAGACUACGAAAUGCAGGUAUGUGCUGAAUUGUCAGGAAAGAAAGGGGGGAAAGAUGUUACUAAUGUGAAGGGUGGAUUAAAGAAAUCAGACAAGGAUAGGAGGGCAAGGGUUGCAUCAGAAUCGUUGCAGAAGCAAAGAACUGGGGGCCCUUUGAGGAAGGCCAAACCGUCGAAGAUGAACCCCUUAGAGGAUGCACGAGCCCGUGCUGAUAGUUUAAGAACUUACAAAGCUGAUCUUCAAAAAAUGAAGAAAGAGCAGGAGGAGGCACAAAGAAAGCGACUUGAAACUUUAAAGCUAGAAAGGCAAAAAAGAAUUGCUGCUAAGGGUGUUACCAGUGGGGUGAAAGCAUUCACACCCUCACCUCAGGCUAAACAAUUACACACUAAAACUUCUCCAGCAACUAAUAGAGGAUCAAAGUUCAGUGAUUCAGAGCCUGGAUCGUCGUCCCCAUUGCAAAGAUCCAAAGUCCGAACUUCAGUUGGGUCAGGUGUGUUGAAUAAAACCUCUAAGGCUAGUGUAUUAAGUGAGGGUAGCCAAAAGGCAGGGAAUAGGUUAAUCAGGUCUGCAACUUCGUUGUCUGAGACAAAAAGAGAAACCAAUGGCAUAACACCCGAGCCUAAGGCCUCCAUGUCCCGGAUUAGAAGGUUAUCAGAGCCCAAAACAGUCACCAACUCUCCUGUAAUCGCAAUGAAAGCCCGAAGUGCUGAAGCGGUAUUAAAGCGAAAGUUGCCAGAGGGCCCUGAGAGGAACAAAGUAUCUGCUAUUAUCAACCUUGACCGAAGUAAGGCUGCAACUCUACCUGAAUUGAAGAUCAAAACAGGGAAGUUGCCUGUGAAUGCUGAUGAGACCAUAUCAAAAGUGAAGGAAGGACAAAAGGUAAUUGGAGCAAGGCCUUCUGUAGCUCCAGAAAAGGCUGAACUAAAUGCAAAGAUCUGCAAUCAAACACGUGAACUUGACAUAGAUGAGAACCCUAUAGUUGAGAAGACUGUUGUUGUCCUUGAGUCUGAGAAGCCUUCUGCUCCAACACUAAACUCACUGGAAAGAAAGCUGGAGGUAUGUAGCCAGCAGCACAAUGAUCUUGAUAUAAGAGAGAAAAGUGUUGCAAUACAUGCUCCCCUUUCAUCCAUGGAUGGAGUUGAUAAAGAACUGAUAACUUGUCAGCUAAAUAAGCAAUCUGACUAUAAUGAGGUAAAGAGUUACUACUCGGAGAAGGAUGCUCCAAACUUUGCCAGCAAUAGUGCUUCUGAACAACCUUAUAGGGCCCCUCAUGCUCGUGCCUCCUCUUUGGAAGACCCUUCCACUCUCCGUACAGAGUAUGGCAAGGCACCAUUAGCAAUGCCUCCAAGAGCUGAAGAAACUCUCAAAGCACAUGUACUUGAUGUGAAAGCCCUCAAGAUGGAGAUAAAUCAAGUACAUUCAGAGAAAACAUCCACAAAAGAAUCAUCUAAAGGUUUGAGGAGGCUGUUGAAAUUUGGAAAGAAGAAUCACUCAUCAUCAGUAGAUCGAAGUGUUGACUCAGAGUGUACUACUGCAGAUGGUUCUGAUCAUGAUAAUGCAAAGAAGAUGACUUCAACCGGUGAAGUUCACACAUUAAAGAACUUAAUCUCACAAGACGAAAGUUCCCCUGAUGGCAGUGCUCCCCAAAAGACAUCUCGCCAUUUCUCUUUACUGUCACCCUUUCGGAUCAAAUCCAGUGAAAAGAAACAAGCAUCAUAGUCUCAAAUGUUGAGGUUGGAAGUCUAUAUCUGUGCUGUUGGAACACUCUUCCUCUCUUAUUCCCGUGGCAAAUGAGAGGAGAAUCUCGUUUGAAGAGCAGCCCCUGGUUCCUGAAAUCCCACUAUUUGCAAAGUAUCCGGGCUCAGGAUAAAUUCUGUGCGACAACAGAUAUGUUUUUCCAUUUAUGUAUAAACUCAAGAUCCUCUCCAAGCCUCAGAAAGGCUGACUAUAUAUGUAGAUUAGUAUUCGAAUCUUAAACUGUUUCAUGCCCGAUUCCUAGUUCUGUCAAAUUUUGUCAUGAAGAGAUAAACAGUCAUUAUUCAUUCAA